AUGGCGCAAAUGCGCACAUUGGAGCGAGUAGUCGAAGCGAGGAUUAACUUAUUAAAUUUCGAGAAGGAAGCCGAGACUAAGCAAGAUUGCUCAUUUUGCCGCAAUUUGGAUUGUGACAUUAUUUUUGCCUUCAUAUUCACCUGUAUUAUUUUCUGUUUGCUAAUAGUUAUUAUGGUUUUCUGGUUGAAAGGCGUGCUGUCUUAUGAAGAUUCGAUCGAAUGUGAUCACAUCUUCGAUUCAUCCACAGUCGAAGGGGAAUUCCAACUGCCAAUGCUACCUGCUCCAUCUACUCGUUCUGAGUACAUUUCUCGGCCGGACGGUCCUAAAAGCAUGCAAUGUAUCUACACGUUUGUCGCGGGGCCGAGGCAACGAGUAAAACUUAAUUUUGAUCAGUUCCUCUUGGCUGGAACAACUGACAACUGCGAAACUGAAUAUGUUGACAUCUACUCAGAACUAGAAAAUCCUGAUGACGAUUUACUAUCGGCGUCCUUUGGUGGCCGCUAUUGCGGUACCAUUUCGCCUUACGUAAGAAUUAGUUUAAAUCGGGUUAUAGUAUUAGUAUUUCAUUCUCGAUAUACAUCAAGUCAAAGUAAUGCUCUAAAAUUUCGCGGUCGAUACGCUUUCAUAUCCGAUGGUGAGAAAACUUCUAAUUUCCGUUGUACGUAUUUGCUCAAAGGUAAAACGGGUCAGCGUGUUCGUUUACUUUUUCGUGACUUUGAUAUUUAUUUUGGUGGAGAACAUUGUCCUUAUGAUCUGCUAACAAUUUACGAUGGUCCAAGCAACGCAUAUCCAAUUAUUCGAAAAGUUUGUGGUUUACAACAACGUAUGGAAAUUUAUUCAUUUGGACCAAAAACUUACAUUGAAUUCAAUACAACUAGCCCAGCUAAAGCUGAUCCACGUGGGUUCUCAAUGGACUAUGAAUUUUCGAGUCGCUAUGUAGAUGUAUUAAUGCUAAUGAAUAACCAACUUGGAGUUACUCAUUUACGUGGGUCGGAAUGCGAUCUUCGCAUUGAGAGUAAUCGAGAAUCAACUCAUUAUAUACAGUCACCAAAGUAUCCACUAAUGUAUCCCGCCAAUACUACAUGUACAUUCAUUAUUGACGGUUUACAAGGAGCACAAAACCUCGAAAAAGUUAUACUGACGUUUGAAAAUUUUGCUGUUCUCACGGAAAACGCUAUUAGGCAGUCUUCUACUGAUUACGAGGAUGAACCAUGUGCUACGUCAUAUGUUGGAAUAGCGCUACUCCCGGCUAGCAUCAAAAGUGUACUUGCCUCAGGUGAAGAAAGCAAUUAUGAUGCCACGCUAUGUGAUCGUCUUCAAAAUGGCUCGCGAGCUUUGGGUCCAUAUGUUAGUAAUGGACCGAGGAUGGUAGUGGUAUUUAGUUCAAACGAAAAAGUUUCAGAAGACGAUGGGCUAAAGCCUCUUGGAUUCCGAGCCAAAAUUCAGUUUAAAACAGAUUUUGGUAUUCCUGGUGAGCCUAUAGGCGAUUCUAAUCAGUGUAUGUUUUUAUUCACAAAACCUCAGGGAUGGUUCAAUAGCCCACGAUAUCCAACCAAUUAUCCAUUGGACACUAACUGCACGUAUAUUAUCAAGGCAAAGCAAAAUGAGCAAAUUCAAGUUUAUUUUGAGCAGUUUGCCUUACACGUUGAUGAAAAGUCAUCGACUGGAAACAGUUGUUCUGAUUUUGUGGAAAUAUCAGACGUUUUCAUCAAAAAUGGAUUGGAAUAUUUACAACUUCAGGCACGUUAUUGUGCUAAUACCUUUCCGGGACCCACGGUGACUGCUUUUGGUUCCCAUGAGCUGAGAGUUUUCUUUCGAUCCGAUCAUGAAGGUACUGGAAACGGAUUCAAAGCUAUCUACAGAAUUCGCAAAGCUUUUGCUGAAGAAAUUCCCACAAAUGCUACUGCUCGACACUGUGGUCAGCGAAUAAAGCGUACAGAUCAAAUGACCAGUGGCUGGUUUGUUUCGCCUGGUUAUCCGAUCAAAUAUAAUAAAGACUUGAUAUGCGAUUGGGAAAUCACUGUACGACCAGAUUACCAAAUUUUACUUCAUUUGAUUAAAAUGGAAAUCGAAGGGUCAAUCACUUCCGAAUCAGUAAAUUGUCAGAAUGCUGUAAUCCGAAUAGAUGCUGAACGUGACAGUAAAGUUACAGGCUUACACAGGAUUCAAGAAAUUUGUGGUACAGAUGAAAGUGUCAUUGAGCCCAUUGUUUCGAAAAGUAAUGUUGCUAGAAUUAGAUUUUUCACUUCUCCUGAUAAAGUGAACGGUUUGAAAGGCUUCAAUUUUACUUGGACAGAAGUAAAAUUAACUACUGACGACACUCAAUGUUCUCACUCAUCACAGUAUCUUUGCACUUACACUAAACUGUGCAUCGAUGUUCAUUUACGAUGUAAUGGUGAUGAAAAUUGCGGUGGUAAACUUGAAAAUGCGGCUGAUAUGAGAACAAUAAUUUAUACUGCGGGGUUCUCCAGCUGUAUUCUCGUAAUUAUUGUUGGUUUCUUUUGCUAUGUGAUGAAGAAAAAAUUAGAGGAAAAAAAACGGAAACGUCGCCAUCACGCGAAGUCAACGAUGCAACACAAGCGGAAACCUUUUCGGAAUCCAAAGCCAUUCAACAACAAAGGAGAUCCUCAGUAUGUAUUCUUGAAGCUGUUUAUUAUUCGUAGCUCAGUUUAAGA